ACUAUUAAAGGAUAUAUCAUAUACAAUCAUAACUAUCAAGGAAUAUUGUAUUCUUUGAUAGUAUUAUACUGUCAUCGCGUACCUAUGCUCGCCCACUGAUGGUCAGGGUACUAUCCAAGAUAAUUUUUGUUACGGGAAAAGUGGACUUGUGAGCUUCUAUGUACUUCUGUAUUCUUUGAAAAGAAUUAAUGAUAACAUGUCCAAUUCACUUGUUCGGAAAAGUCUCGAAUUGUCCGGAUACAAUGAUUUCAAGAAAGAAAAUAAGAAGAAGAAGAAUAAACAUGACGGUUACAAAGGAACUUUAGAAUUAAUUCCUGCUAAGCAUAGAAUUAUUUCUUCCAAAGAGAAAACAGAUAUCAACAAUAUUUUUGGUUGGUCUAAAAAAAUUAAUAUAUAUGAAGCCAAAAAGCAACUAGAGUCAAAGAAGGAUUUAACUGAAGAGAACGUACAGAAUCUUUUAUUGUUAAGUAGUAAUCAUUUGGACAAGCAUACGGUUGACAAGGUUUUAAACCGAGCUGUUGAGAAACGACAUACUAAAAAACUAAAAAAGAAGAAGAAACAAGAAAGUACUGCGUUUACAGAGGAAGAUUUUAAGAAAUUUGAAAAAGAAUAUAUAGAUGAGUAAGAUAGGAUUUAAUCUUUUACAUAUAAAUAUGCAGAGAGAAAAAUCAAUAAUUGUUUAAAUCAUUUAUUUAAUAAAUAAUUUACAUCUAAGAGGAAGAUACUGGAAGCGUUAUAAAUUUAAUAUUAUCCACAUGUGAUUUAUGUUUUAUAUUACAUUUAAUAUUAAGAAUAAAUUCUUUUUUUUUAAGAAAAAA